AAUUCGACAGUCAGAUUUUUAACACGGAAAAAUUUGACUGUCAAAUCGACGUUUUUUUUAAUUGCGACUCCGUCAAACGUUAAUUUGUUAAGAAAAAUCUUCACUCUUCGUAAAUUAAAGACCACUACACAAAAAUGCCCAGAGGAAAGUUCACCAAUCAUAAAGGGAGAAACCGCCGUUUCACCAACCCUGAAGAGCUUGAAGAGGAGCGUCGCAGAGAUGAACAGAAAAAGAAAUGGAGACAACAGCACGGCGGUGAAUCAAGCAGCGAUUCCGAGGAGGAAGCUAAGGGGGAUAAGAAAAUCAGUGAGGAGUCUGGCAGUGACUCAGAAGAAGAAAGCAGUGAAGAAGAAUCCAAAGCAAAGGGUGUGUCCAAUUUAAUUGAAAUUGAGAACCCUAACAGAGUGCAGAAGAAGACAAAGAAGAUAACUGCCUUGAAUACCAGUGAUUUAGAGGCAAAGCCACAACUUAGCAGAAGGGAAAGAGAGGAGAUCGAGAAACAGAGGGCACAGGCUCACUAUCAGAAACUCCAUGCUGAGGGUAAAACAGAACAAGCAAGGGCUGAUUUAGCUAGGUUAGCCAUUAUUAGACAACAAAGGGAAGAAGCCAGAAAGCAAAGGGAGAUGGAACAGAAAUUGAGAGAAGAUGCAGCCAAACAAAAAACUGCCCAGACCCAAAAGGCAUUGGGUAAAAAGUAAUACUUGAAUUCUAAAUAAAUGGACAUUUUUUUUUAUUUACUAAGGAAUGCAAUAUUUACUGAAUAACAAAUAACUCUUAUUGCAUAAAUUUUAAUUAUCUAUUAUUGAAUUUCGUUAUAUUGCAUUUUUUCGAUUUUCAUAAAUUUUACGAAUUUAUAUAACAGACCUGUUCAAAUGAUGUUUGUUUUAAAUGAGCGAAAUUCAGAUGCGAGCAAUUUAUUGUAUUUGUAUUCUGUGAUGACUAAUAAAUUUAAUGAUUUUUAGACAA